GUCCCGGAAGUUCUCCGGCGCCGGCGCAGUGUACUCUUCCGCAAGCGCGGGAGUCUCGGUUUGCGGCUAGCGCCCUAGUCACGGGCUUGGUUUCCCGGGCGCGUUUGGCCUUUUGUGGUGGUAUGGCUCUCCGCGUGGAGGUAGCGGGCGGCCGCAGCGGAGGGGUUGCCGACACCCCGGGCGGCUUGUAGGAGGAGUGCAAGGGUCUUCAGGGGUCGCCGCGGUCUCGGCUUUCCUCCGUCGCCGUCGCAGUGCCUACGGCGAGGAUGAGUUCGGCCUGGGACGCGGAUUUCGAGAAGCAGCAUCUCUGGAUGUACCUGCAGGCACUGGGCUUGGAUCCGAGCGUUGGCACCACCGUCGGCGGGAAGUUGGUGUCUCACGCACGCCUUGGAGAGAACAUGUUUGACAAGCUGAACCGUGAUGCCUUUCAUAUAGUUUCUUAUUUUUUAUUUCAAACACUGGAUGAGUCUCUUGCCAAAGAAGUUUUCAGAGAUUGCUGGCCUCCAUUUGACCAAAAACAUGACACGGAAUUCCGGAAACAUUGCUGUGAAUGGUUAAAAGAGAUUUCUGCUGAAUGUGGGAGUAGUUUUCCUCAAGUUGUUGGCUCACUGUUUCUCUCUCCUGGUGGUCCUAAGUUUAUUCAUCUGAUGUAUCAUUUUGCAAGAUAUGUUGCGAUCAAAUAUAUUAAAACAAAAUCUUAUGAUUCUCAACGUUUUGCAGAAACAUUUAAUGUAAAGUCACAAGAUAUGCAUAAGUGCAUUGCCAGAAGCCAUGUAGCACGUAACAGAUUUUUACAAAUUUUGCAAAGAGAACAUUAUGUUACCCAGAAAUACCAGGAAAAUGCACAUCUGUGUGUUAAGCAAGUACGAAAUUUGAGAUCGGAAUGCAUGGUCCUACAAAACCAAAUUAAAAGACUGGACCCCUGUGAUGACCAGAGUAAUAUACAAGAGAAAAUUCAAAAGGUUCGGUCUUUGUGGACUUCUGUGAAUGAGAUUCCUGUGUUUUUGGAAAAGGAGAAAGAAGUUGUUAGUUCAGUCUUUAGUCAUGUUACCCAGUAUGCUUUGGAUGGAACUAAUGUUGCUGUUAAUAUUCCAAGGCUCUUACUUGACAGAAUCGAGGAGCAGAUAUGUCAGUUGCAGAUGGGAAAUGUUUAUGAGGCUGGAAAAUUGAACCUUUUAACAAUUAUUCAGUUGUUAAAUGAAGUCUUGAAAGUAAUGAAAUGUGAACAUUGUAAGGCUGGCCAAGCAAGACUGACAAUAGACCUUCAGUACCUUGAAAAAGAAACCAAAUUUCAGAGGGAAAGAUUAUCAGAUAUGAAGCAUAUGAGGCAUAAACUAAAAGAGAACGUCACUGCAAUAAGACAUUCUACCGUUGAAAAGGAAGGAAAAUGGCAUAAGAAGUGGGAAGGAUUUCUUGGUCUGUCUCCUUUCAGUCUAGUUAAAGGCGGGGCUUCAGCUGUGGAUCUUUUGCCUCCCAUGUCUCCCCUUUCGUUUGAUCCUGUGUCAGAGGAAGUAUAUGCAAAGAGUGUCCUUUUAAAGUAUCCUGCUUCACUUCCAGAUACACAUAAAGAACAUAACCAAGAAAAUGGUAGUGGAAGAGAAACUGAUACCCCAGGAGGUGUGUGUGAUCUAGCCAACAGCCCUGCAACUUUCCCCUUACAGUGUCCUUCGUCGUCAGAUACAAACAGUUUCACACUACUUGAAAAGGAUCCAGAUAUGAGAAUUCUCAAAGAGAAAACCAUGAUGACUUCCAGAAAAGUGCCAGACCCUGACAUGGAAGACUCUCCUUUAUCAGAUACUGCAAAGAACAUACAGAGUAGUGGAUUCAGAGGCUCUCUGCCAGUGACAAAGAGUGAUCCAUUCCAGAAAGAGCAAGAUCAUCUGGUAGAAGAGGUUGCCAGAGUAGUUCUAUCUGAUUCACCACAGCUCUCUGAAGGAAAAGAAGUAAAAUUGGAGGAGCUAAUUGACACUCUGAUUUCUAAUCCUUUCUUAACCAGGAAACAAAUUCCCCGAACUCCAGAAAACUUGAUAACUGAAGUCAGGAGCUCAUGGAGAAAAGCUGACACUGGAGCUAACAGAAGUUCAGAUGCGAUUCUGGUAGAUGCCGGAGGUAGAGACAUGUCACCAGGGUCCUCACCAGCACUGCACAGCCAGAGGGACCUCAGCAUGGCUAUUUUUUCCUCAGAUUUCGAUCAGUCCUACUUACCUGAACAGAAAGCUGUUCCAGACCAGCUCAAGAGCGUGCCUCAGAAACCUUUGACAACUCAGAUCGGUGAACCCCCAACAGAAGAUGAGUCUGACUUGAUAAAUGAGAAAAUGCUUUGUGAGCAAGAUUUAGAGUGUGCAACCACCAGGCUUUCAGACACUGGACAAAUGGAGGCAUUCUCCCGUGCUAUGGGCAGUGGAAUAGAUGUGAUGGGUAGAAGUGAAGAGGACUCUGUUCAAGUAUCGGACCACUCACAGGCUUCUUGCAGUGAACCUUCCACACGUAAAACUCUGUUAUGGGACUCUUUUCAGAGGUUGAGUGGCAUUGGAAUAUUGCAUGAGACUCUUCCAGAAGAAGUUGGUCACCUAAGUCUUAAUAGUUCUACUAGUUCAGAGACCAGUUUUAGACUGGAACCGAAUAUUUAUGUGCACAGUGAUGCUUUUCCGGGUGAUGCUGGAAAAAGACAAGCCACUGCAGAAGUAGAUUCCAGUUCAAAGGCUAUUUUCAGUAGUUUGGAGACUCUGAAGAAAUCCCUUAACAAGAUAAGGAAAGAAUCUCACCUGUCUCAUUCCAAGACACUUGAAAAACAUAACUUAGAAUUGAGCCCUAUAGCCAAAGACAUGCAAGCGGAUGAUCCACAUACUGUUUUGGGCACUCAGGAUUUGUUUAUUGACUACACAAAGCCAUCUUCCCACAUAUCUCUUGAUGAAAGAACACAGUCUGUAUCACCACUAACUAAAGUUUCUCUGCUGGAGCAAAAAUUGAGGACUGUGUUACCAUGUAGUCUCAGGGAAUUUCUGCCUAACUUAAAAGAAGAAGAAAUCUCAAAUAAGAGCCUUGAAGCAAGAGAAUCUCUGAUUUGACAAGAUGAAGCAGUUUCCAGUUAAUUUAGCUGUGAUGCUAAAGCAGAAGCCUUGUCACUCAACUGCAGCUGAUCUAGACACAUGCAUUGGAAGUAUAAUACUCUUUUUCCAGGGUCAAAGAAGUUUCGGAUGCACUUUGGCCUCUUGUAAUGUCUUUAGGUGUUUAGCUCUUUUCUGAUAAAUAUAUGAGGUUGAAAUGUGAAGUAUUUAGAAAUAGCAAAUGUCAAGUUUUGGGAAACUAUUUUGAUUCCUAGAAUACUCUUGUAACAUAAGUUAAUGGCAAAUGUCAUAGUUGUGUUAAAAUAUCAGUUAUUAACUUAGGGUGAGUGUGUAAUCUAAUAGCCACUGAAGAGCCUCAUCUUUCAUUUUAGACAAACAAACCUUUUUAUUGAAUCUUUAUGGCAUAUUUUGGUACUAAGAAAAAAUGAGUGCAGUGUAGUGCCUUUGGAUGUAUAGUAAGAACAACAGAUUUUAAAGUUUGUGAAAUUGUAAACAGGCUUAAUGAAUUCCAAGUAUAUUGAUCCUGAAGAAUGAUGUUGAUGGGAUAAAACACAUGUUAUAAGUAAAGACAAGACAGAAUGAAUUGCGAAAAAGAGGAAAGGUAGAAGAUGACCAGACAUUUAAAGAACACUGUCAAACUGUACUAUUUUGUUUAUGUAGAUUGAGAAUUAAACCCUAGUUUAUAUUUAACAAAAAUAUAAAUGAAAAAUUCACAAAUCUGUUUUACUCUUGUUGCCUGUGGGUGUUGUUUUGGGAAAAGCAGUAAGUUUUAUGUUACUGGUCAGAACUAUUAAAGUUCCCUAGUGCCUACAGAAUAUCCAAAAAUAAUUUGAGAAAAAUGAACAUGGAUUUAAGUAAUUAUAACAUUUGUACAUUUUGUAACAUUUUGCUUUAUUGUCCAGGCCCCUGGCCCAGAAAUUGUUUUUUUUUUUUUUUUUUUUUUUUUUUUGGUAACAUCCAAGUAAUGAAUACAUGUGCCUGAAUAAGAAUGGCUAGAAGAGGCACUGAAAGGUGGAUUUAUCUCCUUCAGUUCUGUGUAGAGCCUCAGUUUGUAACUAUCAAAAUCUUGUCCCCAAGUCUUGUGGAAAAUGAGGGAGGAGAAAGGUUGGAGGAAAGAGUACUGGAAGUGGUUGAGUGUCAGAGGACCAUGUAACAGCUCCUUCUUGGCAGUGGAAAGAGAGGACGAGUUCCAAAUGUGCUGGGUUUCACGAAUACAGCAAAGCAGGGACUGUACGGUCUGCUUUACAGACAGCCUAGUAUCUAAAUUCUGAGUAGCAUAUUAGGUAAGAGGAGUGACUGUCAGCGCUUCUGUCACGCCAGAGCCAAAGCUAAGUGUUUAAUAUGCAUGUUUAUUUAGCCUUCAUAAUUGAGAUAGCAGGUAUGCCGAGCCUGCGGGUAUUGAAGCUAGGGAGAUGAAAGGCUGGAGUGGAAUGCAGGGGCCAACUGUGUUAGGAUCAUCUGGGAUGCCUUUUUAAAAUGCUUGUCUAUGAGAGGGCCUGGAAAUCUCAUCUCAGAUAUGAUUCCCUGGUAAUUUAUAAGUUCUGAAGGAGACCCUCAAAUAGUAGGGGUUUCCUCCUGGACCCUGGAUUAGGCACAAACCAUACCCAAACACCUGUUUUCAUAGAGAUCCUUUAUUAAGUGGGGAAGAAAAGCUAAAGUGGUUGCAGAAAACAGCAGCAAAUGACCUUGCAGGUGUAAUUGUUAAGAGGAGAAAAAGGGGAGGUCUGUGUUAGAAUGGGCUAGGAUGCGGUGGUAAAGGAGGUUACGAAGGAGAAGGGGAAGGAAACAAGGGAAAGGGGGAAGGAGUAUUUGUCCUGGAGGGACAAAGGACUGCCUCUGGAUAGAGAGGAGACAGAUGUGGCAUAUAAGCAAAUGGCAGUUUAUAAAGUUAAAGGGGGAAACCCUGUGUUCGGAUGAGGUAUUUAAUUUUAAUUGGGCAUGUGAUUCUGAUUGCUGGGUUUAAUACUUUGGUAACUGGACCUUGGUAAUCAGCCUCAGGAGGAGGAAGUGGCCAAAUAAGGAAAUAGACCUAGGUUGCUAGCUUUAGGAAUGUAAUGUAUUUUGUAGCAAGGCAGAGGGAAUGUGAGGGAAGGCCUGCCAGAGCCACAUGUUUGAAUGGACUAGUAUCUCUUCAAUAGUUUGCUGCUAAGAGGUUGCGAUUCAUAUUAGCCUCAAGGUACCUUUUUUUUUUUUCUUUUUGUUUUUCGAGACAGGGUUUCUCUGUGUAGCUUUGUGCUGUUCCUGGAUCUCGCUCUGUAGACCAGGCUGGCCUCGAACUCACAAAGAUCCACCUGCCUCUGCCUCCCGAGUGCUGGGAUUAAAGGCGUGUGCCACCACCGCCCGGCACCUCAAGGUACCUUUAAGAAGUGGUAUGCUAUUGUAUGUGUAUUUUUCUAGGAGCCCUUCAUUAUGAGAGUCAAAAGAUCAAGUAUCUGGAUAUUUUGGAGUUAUGAGUCACUGAAAUUUACCUAUGAUCUGCUGAAUGUUCCUGACAUGCCUAUUUCCUGUUUUCAGCACCAUGAACAAAAUCCCAAAUUUGUAAUUUCUCCAAAGUGAUUAUAACUUAAUGCUUUUGGCACCUUCCCAUCCAGUAUCUCCUGAGGUUCCCUUUGAUGAUAAGGAAUUACUUUGAUCAUGUCAGGUCCUUGCUUAGAAGUCCAUUCUAGAAUAGGGUUCUAAUUUAAAGACAGAGUUCUCCUCUUCCUUCCCCUGGGAUCUUUUAGAGUACUUACCUUGCCCUUCUAGCUCAUCUCAGUUCUUUCAUUAUUUUGACUUGAAAAUUUUAAUAACCUUUAAUUAUACCAGUUAGUUAUUUUUUAAAUUUUGUUUUCGUGUGUGGAUGUUUGCCUGCAUGUCUAUGUACCACUUCAGUGCCUGGUCCCCACGGAGGCCUACAGAGGGAGUCAGAUCCCCUGGGACUUGAGUUACAGACUGGUGUUAGCUUCCAUAUGGGUGCUGGGACUUGAACCUCGAACCCCAGAAUGAACAGCCAAUACUCUUAAUCACUGAGGCAUCUCUCCAGCCAGUUAUAGUUCCUUUUAAAGCUCAGAACAGCACUUAAACCCUUUAAUUAAUAAAUAUUUUAAGCCAGGCAUGGUGGUUCACGCCUUUAAUUCCAGCACUUGGGAGGCAGAGACAGGUGGAUCUCUGAGCCAGCCUGGUCUACAGAGUGACAGGAUAGCCAGGGCUACACAGAGAGACCCUGUCUCAAUAAACCAAAACCAAAAAACCCACCUUUAAUCUCAGCAGUCAGGAGGCAGAGGCAUUUGGAUCUCCAAGUCUGGUCUACAUAGUGAGUUCCAGGACAGCCAGGGCUUCAGUAAGAUCCUGUCUGGAAAACAAAGCUUAGAACAAAUCACAUUUUCCACCUGGAAGUCUUAAUCUGUCCUCCCUAGGUCCAUGGUAUUAUGUCUUUUCUGAAGUGUAUUGUUUAACUUUUGUUGUUUGUUUUAUAUAUAUUGGUGUGUGUGGGGUAGGGGGAGAGGGGGGUCUUACUAUAUUGUUCAUGGUUAGUCUCAGCUCACAGCAAUCUUCCUUCCUCAGCCUCCCAAGUGCUGGAACUAUAGGUGUUUGCCUAGCUUUCACUUAGUGUCUUCAUUAGACACCUCCCCAAAUUGUAUGUGAUCUCUGAUCACAGCAGCUGUGUACAAACUUAGAUACCUACCUUCUUAACUAUGUAGAUGUCUCUGGGGUAUGCAUGUGCAUGCACAUACAUAUCCCAAGGGUCACAGAUACUUAAGUAUUGGAGUUUUGUGUGCUUCUAUGACUGAAUAAAAGAAGGGGUAAAUAAGUUUUUUCUUUGGUCACAUAGAGUGUAACUUGUUCUCUUCACCAAGAUUAAAAAGCUGUUCAAAUGGAUUUCUACAUUAAGUAAAACUUUAGAUGCAAGUAUGUCCCAAUUAUUAUUGAGGGGGUGGGAUCAAACCUGUGAGUGCUAAGGAUGCACUCUCUGUCCCUGAAAGUUAAAUGUUUCAAGAGGGCAAGCACGUAAUGUUGCUGUGCAUGAAAAAUGUAACCCAGUAGGAUAAAGAAUAGUUUGAGAAGUUAAAGAACAUUUGGAGGGCAGGGAUUCAGUUUAACAAAUCUAGUUUAUUAUAUAUAUUUAGUAUAUAUACUAAACAGGUAUUUUGAAACCUUUACUAUAUUUUCUUAGUUAUAAGGCAUGCCAUUUAUUUUAUCUAAAGUGUAAACAGGAAUUCUUGAGACCUGUAUAAAAGCAAACUAUUUUUUCCCCGAGUGCACUAAAAGAAAAUGUGUUCAAGACAUGUUUAAUGUGUGAAGACAGUAUAAACUUCAGAUGCCUGGUUGCUCUAAAGAUCACUUUUCUUUAUGCACCAAGAGCUGGCGAGUCCAUACUCUUAAGUGGAAAAUGUCUGUUUCCUAGGGACUGUUUAUAAGUGUGUUCCUCAUACUAUUGUCUAGAAUAAAUAUUCAGUGUUGUACCACC